CACUAACACAACACUACGUCUCUAUUUCGGCUAUGGCUUCUAAUGGAUCAGAAUCGCCUACGAAGGCAAAACGUUCUCGCGCAGAAAUGGAAGCAGACGACCGCGUAGCAGCGAAAGACUCUUCAGCACAAGCUCAUCAUGACGACACAUCUUCCGAUGACGAUGACUUCGGCCCUGCGCUCCCCUCGUCUGCGCCCAAAAAGAAGAAGCGCAGACUCCCAUACGAGAAGCUCUACGUUGCGGCACUACCAAGCGCUACACGAUACGUCAAAUCGCUCAUGCACCGAGAGCAAUUGUGCUUCACCACCCUCACACCGCACACCGACUUUCUAAUAACCAGCUCGAUUGAUGGCGUGGUCAAGUUCUGGAAGAAAGACUUUGGUGGCAUAGAGUUUGUCAAAGAAUUCCGGGCGCACAAUGGCGAGAUACGAUCAGUGAGCGUGAGCGCCGAUGGACGCAGUUUCGCAACCGCGGGAUCGGAUAACACAGUCAAAAUAUUCGAUGUUGUCACAUUUGAUCUGCUGGCUAUGCUGAGCCUCGAGUACAGUCCCAAGGCAGUUUGCUGGUUGCAUGGACGGGGCGCAAGUUUCCCACAAUUGGCUAUCAGUUCAGAAGAGAACGGCUGGAUACGGAUAUACGAUGGUAGAGGAGAGAAUUUGGAGCCGCUUCAGACAUUGAAGAGCGUGCACAGGGCACCAGUGAGCUUGAUGGCGUACAACAGCGAGUUUGACUGUGUUGUUAGCGUGGAUCAAGGCGGCAUGGUCGAGUACUGGCGACCGAGCGGAAACUACGACAAGCCAGACAACGUAUGGUCUCUGAAGAGUUCGACAAAUCUUUUCGAGUUCAAAAAGUCAAAAUGCGUGCCAGCGUCUAUUACAAUAUCGCCCACGGGGAAGCAAUUCGCGACAUUGUCUUUCCCGGACAGAAAGAUCCGAAUCUUCGACUUUGCGACAGGAAAGCUCUAUCGCACGUAUGAUGAAUCAAUCGAGACCAUAAACUCGAUGCAGCAAGCCGGCACCGCAGUGCAGCAUCUAGAAGACAUGGAGUUCGGGCGAAAAAUAGGUAUCGAAAGGGAGCUUGAUCAACCCUCGAUACAUGCCCGUAUGAAUGUCAUCUUUGACGAGACCAGCAACUUCAUUCUCUACGGCAGCAUGUACGGCAUCAAGGUAAUCAAUACACUCACCAACAAACUCGUCAAACUCUACGGCCAAGAAGAGUCUUUCCGGCCUCUCUGGCUAUGCCUCUAUCAAGGCCAACCCGAAAAGAAAGGCGUGGUAACCGUCGAAAUGGCGGCCAGCGAGAACCCUCUGCUGCAGGAAGCCGAAGCACGAGACGCUAUGCUGGUAUCUACUGGCUCAGGGAAAGUCCGCUUCUACAUGUAUACCAACGACUCGACUGCCUCCAAGUCCGACCGCGACGUGCAAAACGAAAAACCGCGCAACACCAACGCAAACCAAAAGAAAGACGAAAAAGCCCUCGCAGCAACGGGCACCACGGCCAUCCUCCACACCACCUACGGCGACAUCACUGUCCGCCUGUUCCCUGAUGCCGCACCCAAAGCCGUCGAGAAUUUCGUCACACAUGCACGCAAUGCAUACUACAACAACAUCAUCUUCCACCGCGUGAUCCGCAAGUUCAUGAUUCAGACGGGUGAUCCUCUAGGCGAUGGCACGGGCGGCGAGAGUAUUUGGGGCAGAGAGUUCGAGGAUGAAUUUUCGAAUCUGAAGCAUGACAAGGCGUAUACGGUCAGCAUGGCUAACGCAGGUCCAAACUCGAAUGGAAGUCAAUUCUUUAUCACGACAGAGAAGACGCCUUGGCUUGACAAUAAGCACACUAUCUUCGGACGAGCAAUAGCAGGCAUGGACGUGGUGCAUAAGAUUGAGAACACCAAGGUGUACAAGGAGAAACCGGAAGAAGACAUUAAGAUCAUUAGCAUCUCCAUAUCGUAGAUCGAAUCGAUCGGAGGGUGUGAGUUCGUGAGAUGCGCUCAAGUAGUGGUAUCGGAUUCCAGCCAAGCCUUCAAAUGUUAUUACAAGUUACAACAGUCCCGAACUCGCCAAAACGUCAAGUUCUCUGCGACCGCUCGGUGGCUUUGAACAAGAUGUUGUGGCGGUUGAAGAAAUUUCUAUUCUUCUUUCCAAAGAUAUCUGACUUGAAAUUUACACAUUCGAAGUGUUCGCGCACAAAUCGCGACCUGGACACUCCCAACAGC